AUGCGAUAUACAUCUUUACUUACCAUGGCUGGUGUCACUGGCCUGGUGCUCGCAGCACCAGGGCCAUCUAUAUCCAAAAGGACACCUUCGUUUGUCUGGUUCGGCGCAAACGAAGCUGGUGCGGAGUUUGGGAGUGGAAAUCUUCCAGGAGUACUGGGCACAGAUUAUAUCUGGCCAUCGACCUCAGCCAUCCAAACUUUGAGGAGUGCAGGGAUGAAUCUAUUCCGUGUUCCCUUCGCAAUGGAGCGAUUGGUUCCCGGGACUCUGACUGCGAGUCCGGAUGCCACCUACCUAGCUGCAUUGAAAAGUACUGUCAACUCUAUCACGUCUAGCGGUGCAUAUGCUGUGAUUGAUCCUCACAACUUUGGAAGAUAUUAUGGCAAAAUCAUCACCUCGACUACUGACUUUGCAGCAUUUUGGAAGAUGCUCGCAUCAGAAUUCGCGUCAAAUGACAAGGUCAUCUUUGACACAAGUGAGAUACACUAUUUCUCUCCCGGAAAGCCGUACACUGACUUUGUAGACAAUGAAUUCAAUUCGGAAGAGCAGACCCUGGUGUUGGACUUGAACCAAGCAGCCAUCAAUGCUAUCCGAGCUGCAGGAGCCAAAUCGCAAUAUAUCUUCGUGGAGGGCAACUCGUGGAGUGGCGCAUGGACCUGGCCAACUGUCAAUGACAAUAUGAAAGCCUUAACAGAUCCACAAGACUUGAUUGUCUAUGAGAUGCACCAGUAUCUUGACUCGGAUGGUUCUGGGACAUCUGAGACCUGUGUUAGCUCAACCAUUGGCCAAGAACGAGUUGUGGCUGCCACACAGUGGCUUAAGGACAAUGGCAAGAAGGCCUUCUUGGGUGAAUUUGCUGGAGGCCCCAAUUCUGUCUGUAAAAGUGCCGUGACAGGUAUGCUUGAUUAUUUACAGGCAAACAGCGAUGUCUGGCUUGGUGCGUCGUGGUGGUCCGCUGGCCCAUGGUGGGGAAACUACAUGUACAGCUUUGAGCCUCCUUCUGGCACUGCCUAUACUUACUACAUGAGUCUCCUGAAAAAUUACUUCCCUGGCUCGGGUAGUCCUGGGACAACCACCUCAGUCACCACUUCUACAACAACCGCCGCUACUACCAAGACCACCACAACAGGGCCAACCAUCACUGGUGCACCUCACUAUGCGCAAUGUGGUGGAGAUAGCUGGACCGGGCCGACCACCUGUGCCAGCCCAUACACCUGCCAGAAGCAGAAUGACUACUACUCGCAGUGUCUGUAG